UUUUAGGAACUGUUGAAGAGUCAUGUUUUUAUCAAAUGAAACUUAAAACAAGUAUUCCAGAUCCGAGUCGUCCGAAUAACGGUUACACUGCAUCAUGAACCAUGCCACAAAUUUCUAACACCUCACAAUCCAAAUCCAUAUUUGCCUCCAUUGAUCAUUCUCCACUCUCACCUUCAUCUUGCCAAUUAUAUGCCAAACUCAAUGGAAAACAAACAUGUAGCUGUCUUUGCUUUCCCCUUCGGCACCCACUUUAUGCCUCUCUUAAACCUUGUCCUCAAACUAGCUCAAGCCGCUCCAAACUGUUCAUUCUCAUUCAUUUGCACACAGAAAUCAAAUGCAACACAUUUCAACAGACCCCACAUCCCCAACAACAUCAAGGCCUAUAGCAUAAGUGAUGGAAUCCCAAUGAGUCACGCACAACUAGCCAAUCACCCAAUUGAAAAAGUAAACCUUUUUCUCAAAACUGGUCCUCAGAACUUGCAAAAAGGUAUACUAUUGGCGGAGGCAGAUAUAGAGAAGAGAGUCACUUGCAUCAUUGCUGAUGCUUUUGUAGCCUCUUCUCUCCUUGUGGCUCAGAGCCUCAAUGUUCCUUGGAUUGCAUUUUGGCCUCCCAUGUCAUGCUCACUCUCUCUAUACUUUUACAUUGACUUAAUACGCGAUCUUGCUCGCCGAGCUGGAAAUAUAACCUUGGAUUUCCUUCCUGGGUUGUCUAACUUUCGUGUCGAAGACAUGCCGCAGGAUCUGCUCAUUGUUGGAGAAAGAGAGACAGUGUUUUCAAGGACACUGGCUUCCUUGGCUAAGGUGCUGCCUCAAGCUAAGGCUGUAGUUAUGAAUUUCUUUGAGGAAUUGGACCCACCUUUGUUUGUUCAAGACAUGAGAUCCAAAUUGCAGUCUUUGCUUUAUGUUGUUCCACUUCCCUCCUCUUUGUUGCCACCAUCUGACAUAGAUUCUAGUGGAUGCCUUUCAUGGUUGGACACCAAGAGUUCUAAAUCGGUGGCUUAUGUUUGCUUUGGGACUGUGGUGGCACCGCCUCCACAUGAGCUUGUGACUGUGGCGGAGGCAUUGGAAGAAAGUGGGUUUCCAUUUCUGUGGUCUCUCAUGGAAGGUCUGAUGGAUCUUUUGCCAAAUGGGUUUCUUGAGAGGACCAAGGUGCGAGGGAAAGUUGUGUCUUGGGCUCCACAAUCCCAAGUUUUAGCACAUGAUUCGUCAGGAGUUUUUGUUUCUAACUGUGGAGCUAACUCAGUGACUGAGAGUGUUUGUGGUGGGGUUCCUAUGAUCUGCAGGCCAUUCUUUGGCGAUCAAGGGGUGGCUGGAAGAUUGGUAGAAGAUGUUUGGGAGAUUGGGGUGGUAAUGGAAGGAAAGGUGUUCACAAAAAAUGGAUUGCUUAAAAGCUUGAAUCUGAUUCUGGCGCAGGAAGAGGGAAAGAGGAUUAGAGACAAUGCUCUUAAGGUGAAGCAGACUGUGCAAGAUGCAACUAGGCCUGAAGGACAAGCAGCACGGGAUUUGAAGACUUUGAUUGAAAUAAUUUCUACUACAUCUUAAUGUAUGGCACAGUUAAUUGGUUGUAAUAAUUUGAGUUGCAAUAUUAAAUUAACCCAAAUGAAAAAAAAAAAGGAAUAGGUACAAUAGCGUUAUAGAUACCAGCAUUAAUAAAUUAUUAAGAGUAGUUUAGUUUAGUUUUUUUCUUAUAGAGAUUACAUGUACUUUUAAAGAGAGAAUCUCUGCUCAA